AUGAGGGAGGAGGGUGGGGUGGAGAUCAGCAGCUUCACAGUCACCGGGAUCUUGUCCGUGUGUACAGCAACAGCCGAUUUGGGGCGCGGGGCUGCAGUACACGGGUUGUCGGUGAAGUCAGGAUUUGACAAGGAGGCAUCUGUGUGCAAUGCGUUGAUAGAUCUUUACGGGAAGUGCCACCAGGUGCACGAUGCAACCAUGGUGUUUGAGGGGCUGCCAGAUACUGAUAAGGAUCUGUUCAGCUGGAACUCCAUGCUGUCAGCGCAUCAGUACUCGGCUGAUCACACGGGGACGAUGAGGCUCUUUGCGAGGAUGAGACGUACUGCACUUUUGCCUGAUGCAGUGACUGUUGCUGCUGUUCUCCCCGCAUGUGCGCAGACUGCAGCCCUGCAGGUUGGGAGGGAGGUGCAUGGAUACAUUGUAACGAGCGGGCUGGCCAGUGAUGGAGCACUGGACGUUUUUGCUUGCAAUGCGCUGGCGGACAUGUACACGAAGAGCGGUGGGCUGGAUGAUGCUCGUCGUGUGUUUGAUUGGACACGCCAACGGGAUGUGGCAUCGUGGAACAUUAUGAUCGAUGGGUAUGCCUCACAUGGGAGUGGGCAGGAGGCACUGAUGUUGUUCCACCAGAUGAUAGAAGAAGGCCUGGUUCCAGAUGAGGUAACGCUGCUGGGAGCAUUGUCGGCUUGCAGCCACUCUGGGCUUCUCGAGGAAGGGAAGGGUUUCCUAAAGAGGAUGAAAGAGGAGUUUGGAUUGGAGCCACAGCUAGAGCACUAUGCGUGCGUCACCGACAUGCUUGGGCGAGCAGGGAGGUUGGAUGAAGCAAGAAAGGUAAUAGAAGAGGCUGGUGAUGUUGGUGCCGGUGCAUGGAGGACAUACCUUGCGGCAUGCCGGAUGCAUGGUGAUAAGGAGAGAGCACAAGAGGCAGCUAGGAUGUUGAUGAUGGCAGAGGAAUCAGGGAGCGGGGGAUGGGUUCUGCUCGCCAACACUUAUGGUUGGGACGGAAACUUUGAGGAGCUUGAAGAGGUGAGAGAGGAGAUGAAACGCCAAGGGGUGCAGAAGGCAGCUGGUUGCAGCUGGGUUGAGGUCGGAUGA